ACUAAGGAGCUCUUUUAAACAAAUUAAGGACCGGUUCCAAUAGCAGCGGUCCAACCAGGGGCUGUUUUGCAAAUCCAUUUCGCCUCACCGGAGAUGAGAUCCCAUCGACGCGACGCCGCCGCCUCCUUCCUCCUCCUCUCGUCGGAGCCACCGCCGGGAGGGAUUCAUCGCGAGCGGCGGCUGAAUUGGAACAGGUGAAACCAAUGCAGCCGCACCCGCAGCCAGUGAGGAGAUCGUCGUCUCCGGCCUCCGGGAAUAGCGGUUUUUGAUCGAAGACGCUUAUGAAGUAUUUUCAGAAUGCGGAGAUGAAAGGUUCGAAGCAGCCUAGAAGAUCCAUGGACGAAAAUACUAAUAUGAUAAGUAGUUUUCAUCGUACAUAUGGAGUGUAUGUUAAACUAAAGAAAAACUCCUACAUGGUUCGUGGGACAAAAAUGAUGAUACUAGUGAAUUACAACUUAAAUAUGUGGCCAAUAUCAUGAUCAUCUCAGAAAGUGAGAUCAGUGUGCCCACAAAGAAAUAAUUCAUCUUCAUAUACACACACACACUGUAGUCUGAAGUUGAUCCUACAAUUGCAGCUGGCUGGUCAUCACAGCGAGAACUGGAAUCAAAUAAUUGAAAUGCCGACGUAUCACAGAAAAAGAUAAGCCAUUCUCUCUCGUCCUAUCAGAUAAAAGCUGGAACGUAACAGUGUGAUAUUUUUCUGCAGGUCCAAAUAACAAAACAACGUGAUACACACAAGUGGAAGGUUUUCCAUUAUCUAAAAAAGCGCACACAAAAUGGGAGAUACGAUGCCAAAGUAAAGAGAGCAAAUGUCGUGUCUUCCACUAUGAGCAAAGAACCCUUGCAACCUGCAGAUAGAAACGAAUAAAGCUACGAUAAAAAUUGUCACUUAAAUAGAUAUACACUCAUUUCAUACAUGUCACCUAAAAAGUCAUGAUUUUUUUUAAAAAAAAUUAGCAAGAUAGAUCAAUAUAUAUUAUUUCAAUUUUUAAAGUUAAAAUUCAACCUACACAAGUAGAAAAAAAAAACUAUCAAAAGUGCAUACUAUUACAAUUAAUAUUUGUUACUUAAUUAUUUAUUUAUAUGAGUCAAAUUUGAAGUUACAUGUUUGUAGAAUAAUAUAUCAUAUAGUAUUGAGUUAUCUUACUAAUUUUUCAGGUGAUGUGUAUGAAACAAGUGUAUGUACAUUCGAGUGACAAAAACCACAUCCUAAUGCAACGAUGUGAACAUCCAAGGGCAGUAUAAAAGGAGACGCCAGCCAUGGCGAUCAGGGGCAUCCCGUCCUCUCGCGAGAUGACCGUGGACGACUUCAAGAACUGGCUGAAGCAGUUCGACACCGACAACGACGGCCGGAUAAGCCGGGGCGAGCUCCGGGAGGCCAUCCGCCGCCGCGGCGGCUGGUUCUCCGGCCUGAAAGCCGGCCGCGCCGUCCGCCACGCCGACAGGGACAACAGCGGCUUCGUGGACGAGUCCGAGAUCGAGAACCUCGUCGCCUUCGCCCAGAAAACUCUGGGCAUGAAGGUUACUGCCUGGUAGAACUGAACACUACUGGCAGCAAUAAGCAUUAUUAAGCUAGUUUCAUGGAUUUUCAUAUGCUUGAGCUUAAAAUGGGUAGAGAGCACUGUGGCAGUAGUGCUAGCUUUUGAUUAAGCUAUAAAAAUAUUGCCUUCUAUGUUGCUUUUCUUUGCUGUGUGGUAGUAACUGGUAAAGUUUGACUUGCAUGCCAGCUUCUCCUGAAUAAUUUGUGUAAAAGCAGGAGAAUGUCUGCCAUGAUGCUGUGAUACUUUGAGUGAUCCUCUGUUGGUAUUGACUCUGGUGAAGAUGAAAAUGAAUUGGUGAUUAUGGCCAUUUUAGUAA